AUGAGGGUUCCUCUCUCCCUCCGGGGGCCACCCCACCUGCUGCUGCGGAGGCGAUGGGCUAACAGAAUAACCACGGUGAGGACCCUCGCCAACCCGAAUUUUCACCCCUACAGGAACGUCACCACUGCGCAAACGCAGCAGAGGAUGCAAACGCAGCAGAGGACGCAAACGCAGCAGAGGACGAACCGGUCGGAAGAUGAGCUGGAGAAAACCAUAAAACUAGUGGAUCAAAUUUUAAAGGAAAAUAAUUUCGACGUGUACAUGAAGGGAAUGGGUGAUGAGGGGGGCGUCCCAAAAGCAGCGCCGAAAGAGGUAGACGCGUAUAAAUUUCUCCACUUACUAAACAGGAUUCUCGUUCUGAGCAGAGAAGCGGACGGCUCCUCCGAUGCGAAGACUAACAUAUGGGAAUGUCCCACAUUUUUAAACCUCCUCAGUUACUUCAAGUUAAAAAUGCCAUCCUUUAACAUCCAUGAGAUGUUCCUCUUUGCCUUGUGCUUCUCAAAAAUACAGUUCAUGCCUCAGAUGCUACUUCAAGAUUUUUUAUUAACUGUACAGGAGAAGUCCUACUUGCAAGGUUUCUUUGAAGAAGACGUAAAUAAAUUUUUUCAGUUUUUUUUUAUCGUUACUAGUAUUAAGAACUUGCGAGUGGGGGAGGAAACGGAUUCACUGUUCGCUACCUUUGCGAGUAAUUUUGUGCAGGUCGUUUUGGACUUCCUCGCUGGGGGGGAUGUCACGUCUGAGGGGUGCACGCCGCGAGAUUUGCCCGGCCAUUUAUCGAGCGACUUACCCAGCGACGUGCCGAGCGACGUACCGAGCGACUUACACUGCGACUUACACAGCGACUUGCACAGCGACGGAGCCCGCCCCUUACCCCUGGACUGCUACCACCUCCUGUGCGCCGCCCUCCACAACGCAAACGUGAGGAACGUCCCCCUCAUGCACCGAGUGGGCACCGAAAUUGUGCACCUCCUAAACUCCCACCACGACCUCGACAAGCAGAUCAAAAUUGAUGCAGCGAAGAAACUCAUUAAUAUCUACCUGGCCUAUGCCUCUCUACGAUGUGAAAAUUAUUACCUCUUUGAAAAGCUGAAUACGUUUAUUUACAACCUUAUUGAGGAACUACCGUUGGCUAGCUGCCUAACUCUGUUACUCUCCAUAGCGACUUUGAAGGAACAGAAGUGUUUCAACUUCCCCCUAUGUAUGCUCUCAUCGUUGGAGAAACACUUCUGUGCAAAAUUCUAUUCCCUAGACUCAAAGGAUCUCCUCCUUCUGAUUUACUUAUUAACGUACUUGAAUCUACACGUAGCAAACACGGACUCAUACGUGUGCAUGUUGGACCACCUCUUUAACGUCCAUAAAUUUGAAGCAUCGAAUGAGGAUGAAAGGGUUAAGCUGUUUCAGAUUUAUGUCAGUUUGAUGCAGUCCUUCCCGAGUGCACUAUCCGGUAGGCAGUGGGAGACCGCUCUGUCUACCUUCUCGGGGGGAGGGGAAAAAGACUCCUCUACGGGAAAAUCAACAGAAGGGGGUGGAGUGGACACUGAGAGAACGAGUCACAAAAAUCUCAACUUCGAUAACGAAGUAGAAGUACAGGAGUCAGAUCAGCACACACGCCGAACUAUGCUACAAAACGCCAUACGAAAGAUACAAACCAGUAUGGAGGUGGAGCAUGAACAGAACCCACCAGAGUACGCACAGGAGUUAAGUGAACAAGUAGAUAAUCUGCAUGCAAUGUUACUUCAGAUGAGUGGAAACGGUUUCUUUAUAAAAAAUUUGAGAAAGAACAGAGUGGUACUUAGCUACUACCUUAGUCAUAUCUACUUUGAUCUUAAAAAAGAGGGGAGCCCAGAAACGGAGUCUCAAAAAAUGGUUAUUUUUUUUGACACGGAUAGGAAUCACUUGUGCGAUAACUCCUUUGAUAUUUACUCUAACAUGAAACGCAACCAUCUAGCCAAGUUAAAUAUUAAGUGCUUCUCGAUUAAUCUCCACCAGUGGAGGGAGCUUUCUCCCGAGGAGCGAAGGCAGUUCAUCGCGUUUGAGUUAACACGCAGGUACUUCCCCAGCGCGACUUGUCCUGCGCAGCAG